AUGAAGCGGGUCGUCGUCGUCGGGGCCGGCGCCGCGGGGCUCGCCGCCGCUCAUCAUUCUCUUGCCGAAAGCUUCCAGGUUUGCCAAAAAAGGCACGUCCUUGAGAAAUUUCUGAACUCUUCUCUAGUUUUCCUUAUCAUUUUAUUUAUUUGUUUAAACUUCUCGAUUAUUUCAAAUGCAAGGUCAUUGUCCUUUUCACCGUAAAAUCGCUGAUAUAGUCUUUUAGAGAGUACUGGAUAGAAAUCUGAGAAACCACACCUUUAAAAUUGAAUCAAGUUGCAGAUUGUGAUUUUUAGAAAUUGAUACUGGCCUAUCAACUUGACGACAUAUUUUCAUAGUGGAGAGUGAAUUUUCUUUGAUAUUUGAAAUUAAAAAUAGCUUGAAAUAGAAAAAAUGUUUUCUACAUAGACAAAGUCAGAAAGCGUGGAAAAAGGCUUCAUAGAAAUUUUCCAUUUUUGCUGCCUUUUUCUUGAGCCUCUAAAACGCCUAAAAAAUGGAAGGCUUGAUAGAGGGACUCUUUUUGCUGCCAUUCUGCGACCUUUCUGUUUUUUUGAGCCUCUCCCUUUAUGCGCCCAAUAUUCACCUUUCCGACUUUGCCCAAGUAGUUACAAAAAAACAGGAAGAAUGGAAGAAUACAAAGAAAAAUAAUGAAUUUCUUAUUUAAACGUUCUGAAACAGGAAAAAAACUUACUCUUUUGCUAUUUUCAAAAAAUAGAAAGAUAAAUUUUCGACUUCGCACGCCUGGCUUUUUGAAAAAUUCUCAUCUGAACCUUUGAGAAAGAAAAAAAAAAGUUAUCUGGAAAAAUCAAUUUUCGAAUUUUUUUCUAAACUUUUAUAACCUUUUUUGAAGGUGGAUGUUUACGAGCAGACGAAAUGCGUCGGUGGCACUUGGGUCUAUUCCGAGGAGCGCGGAUGUCACUCCAGCAUGUACAAAGUCAUGAAGUUUGGGACUUCAUUCUUUCUCAUUUCAUUCUGAAUCCAUUGCCUACAGGACCAACUUGCCCAAAGAGGUGAUGCAAUAUCGGGACUUCCCCUUCAAGAAAGAUCUCUCGUCCUUCAUGUCGCAUGAGGUAACACCUCCUUCUUGAGACUUGAUAUAAUCUUUGUCCUUUUGGAGGAUGUCCUCGAAUACCUAGAGGACUUUUCCAAACACCUUCCCAUUCACUUCGAAAGCACUGUCGAGAAAAUUGAGCGCAGCGCUUGUGAUCAAUAUUGGACGGUUUGACCUGUUCUUACACAUUUAUUCUCUCUCGACGAGUGCUGGAAAAUGAACAAGUUCAGGUGACGGUUUGCAAGAAAGACGAAGAACCGCAACAAUUGAACUAUGACGUAGUUUUUGUGUGCAACGGACACUACUUCGAACCCCGAAAUCCAUUCGCGGACUCCAACUUCAAAGGUGGGAAAUGAACGACGACUUCUUCAAGUUCACACUUUAGGCACUUUGAUCCACAGUCACGACUACAGGAAGGCCAGCGAGUUUGCCGGAAAAGACGUGGCUGUCGUGGGAGCUGGACCAUCCGGCAUCGACAUCGCCUUGCAGCUUUCUUCUGUUUGUCACAAUGUAGGGGUUCAAGGCUCCGCCCAUGUCGCUACCUUCUGCAGGUUACCAUGAUCAGCCGGAAAGCGACAUAUCCACGCUUACCUCCCAAUGUGAAGCAGCUGGCGAGUCACGUGAAGGAAGUGACGUCAGAUGGCGUCGUGACGGAUGAAGACGAGACCGUCCUCGUCGACGCCAUCAUCGUCUGCACCGGCUACGCAAUGAAGGUCUCGUCGCUUCCGAGAAUCCCUUCUAUCGUUGAUUCCAGUUCCCCUUUCUGAGUGACGACCUUGUGCAGCUCAAAGCAGACAAUCAGAUGGUGUCUCCCCUCUACGAGCACGUCGUUCACGUCGAUUAUCCAGACAGUCUUUUUUUCAUAGGUUUUCUUUUUUGUGAACUUUUUCUGGCUUCCUUGCAUAAUUUCAAUGAUUUUAGCAUCUAAACUCAUUUAAAACUUUAGUUUCAAGUUUCCAGUAUGGAAUAUUAAAAAUUGGAGGUACAUAUUUCCGAAAAUUUCAAUAAUAUGAUAGCUCUUUCCUUCCAGUAUGGUCACUUUUGUGAAAAAAUUUUUUUAAAUUUUGAAAUAGGCGUCAAAAGGAAAACAAAGCUCUUUUUACUGAGAAAAGUGACCAAAAAAGCCACAAAACAACAAAAAAAAAGAGUUUUCUUCUGAAACUCAGUUGACUGUUUCAUCGCAAAGAACAUCAUCAUGUUCAUUUUUCUAUGAAAAAAAUUUUUUUUCAUCACAAAAGAAAGUAUAUUCUACUCGGGUAAAGCCGGAAUGGUGGAUGCCGCUAAAAGGGAGAAGCUCAAAAAAGGUCGCAGAAAGGCAGCAAAAAGUGUCCCUUUAUCAUGCCUUUAAUUUUUUCUGGGAUUUUAGAGGGUCAAGAAAUGGUGAAAAAGGAAGAGGCAGCAAAAAUGGUUCAUAAGGGCCGAUGAAAGGGCGCAAAAAGGCAGCGAAAGAGGAAAAUGUCUAUGGAGCCUUUUUCCGACUUUGCCCGUGACUUUCCGGUCUCCAGCGUCCAUUUUUAAGCUUUCUGGAAGAAAUGUACAAAAAAAGUAAUUUUAUUGGAAGAAAAACUUUUCUGUGAUAAAAGGGUUUUAAUCAGUGUGUUCAGGGCUAAACUUGGUGGCAAUAACGUUUCCCCUUUUCGAAUACCAAGUGAAAAUGGCGUUGGGAUUUGUGACUGGACGGGCGCCGAUUCCCGAAAAGGAGAAGCUGCAAAGCUGGGAGAACGAGCAACUCGAGUGAGUCGUCCCCUCCGGAACCGUCCACGAAGGCUUUGCAGACAUCAGGCUACCCGCGGCCUCGACCAGCGCUUCUACCAUUUGCUGCAGGCCGAGCAGUGGGACUACAUGGCCCGUUUGUCGCGGAUCGGCCGUUUCGAGGACUGGGACUACCUUCAGACGAUGAAGAAGAUCUUCGACUACCUCUUCAGCGAACGACGAGAAAACGUCGUCGGCUACAAAAACAUCGACUUCGUCCUCAACGAAAACCUCACCGAUUUCCGAGUCAAACGUGUUUAG